AUGUCUACACCCCACGAAAUCAUAGAAAUAGAAGAAGAACAAACAGAUGUGCAGGACACAUUUGAGCCAUCAAACACACACAACAAAUUUCAAUUGACCGACUCUCUGUUCAUUAAUAAUAAUAAGCGGUUGAAGACUGAGAAAAAGAUACUAUUCGAAAGACAUGAUAUGAUGGCAUUCUCGCCAAGCAGAGAACACGUUGCGGUCUGGUCUGAAGCUAAUAAUACUGUUGAAAUAUGGUUCCUUGAAAAUACUGGGAAACCAUGGAUUAACAUAGCGAUAGUUGAGGUGGGCGAGGUCUCUGACACUGCCCCGCCCAAGUUCUGCGUCUCUGAUGAUGGUUACUUUCUGUUUAGAGAAGAAAUAUUCUCUUACGACGAAAAAAAAGGUCCCGUCAAACUUGUUCCGAGUAUAUUAGAAGUCAUCGAUACCAAAGAUUCCGGCAACCAAUACAAUACCGAAAAAUCAGAUUUAGUCAAUAGCGAUAGCAAAAACUCCAACCUUUCAACGGUCACGGCCGAAUUUCUACCGCAUGGAGGGAUAGUUGUUACAACCUGGUUUGGGAUUUAUCGCUAUCUACCAGGGAAAAAUCCGCAAGUGUGGGAAGGCAAUCCUUACUAUUUAACCGAACUACCACCAGAUGAAUUUGCGUCCAACGAUUCAGCAUACCUGCUAGCAUCAAACCGACUCAUAUGCUGCUCUGAAUAUAAUGUUCGACAAUACAACGCCAGCACUGGCGACUUUGAACUUCAAUACUGGCUAUGCGAUGAACGCGUAAGUUCCCUGAAACAGUUUCUGAUCAGUCCAAAUGAGAAACUGGUAGCUCUUACCCAAUCAUUUGCGGACAAGACUAUCUCACUUUCCGUCUAUCUAAUGUCGGCUGGACUUCCGAUUCAAACCAUAUACAUAAACCGCGCUGAUGAGUCCUACUUUGAAUACCUUGAAUUCGUUGAAGUCGGCGAUUGCAUCUUUUUGAUGUCCUUGAGUAGAAAUGGCCUUGUUGCAUUCUGGGAUCCGUACAGCCUGACAAAGAACGAGCAAUUCAGUGAACCCAACCCGCUUGGAAUGAUUAAUCUCUCAGACCACAUUAAACUACUGACUUGGCUACCACAGAAAGGAUUUCUCGUUAACAAUGGAUUGAUUGUUGGAUAUGGGUGCUUGGGGCUCGAAACACAUAGCAUCUUACGAGAUUACAUUAAAGAAAACCUCCCACGCACGGUGCAUCUUAACGAUAUGGAACAGGCCAUCAGCAAGUUCGUCAGCAAUGCAAAUAGCACUGAUAUUCGUAGUAAAAAUGAAUUCAAGGGUCAAUCAGUAACUUGGAAAUUCAAGGAUUUCGAUCAUUUGAUUGCAACAACUAACGUAAAUAACGAGAAAUCCGAGAUAAACAUGGGAAGUUAUGGUAAAGUGGUCAGCGCCUCGCUAAUUGGAGAUGAUUUGGGAAUAUUAUUCAACGAUUAUAAAUACAUGAAAAUCGUCGUCCUUCAUAAGAACGAUGAUCAAAUAGAAUUAUCGUAUUACUGCUCGAUCGCAAAGUACGAAAUUCUACCUCGUGCAGAGAUCGCAAGUAGAGGGAUUCUCGAUAUGUAUACAGACAUUCAUUCGAGAGGCAUUUCCAGGCGUAGAAAUGACAGCAAGGAAAACGAAUGCCUUGGUAAACUUCAGGAGAUGAUAAAAAAUGGCUACAAGCUUAAAAUGAAUAUAAAACAUCUUUUACGAAAUAAACAACCGACGCCGGACGAUUCCUGCAAAGUGUACGAAAGAAACAAUAGUCUCGUUCAACGCUUGCUACUGCCCAGGAACUUGGCAUUGUAUGGAGAAACCAUAAUGAAAGUGGCGAUCAUGUUGGGAGAUCUUGCAAUAAUAGAGCAUAUUAUUCAGCAAUGCAUCGAUUUGUUCUACAGAUACUCGCUGCAGUAUAUCGGUUAUCUAGAUAUUGUAACUGUAUGUUUACCAGAAUUAUCUCCGUGCUAUCCCGAUCAAGUCUCGUAUUUUCUAUCCAAAACAACUCUUAUUAAUUCACCCAACUUUAAAUCCAUUGGUAUAAGAUCGUAUUCCCCAUUAACGGGGCACUUGACCCCAUUUAUUCGAACAUUUGAUUGCCAAGAAUCGAUCGCGUCUUCGCAUUUCACGCUCGAGGAAAGAUUAAGCAUAAUGGAACUCGAGCGCAGCGUAAAUACCAAGAGCCGAUCCAGAUGGCAGCAGAUGUAUCAGUAUUUGCUAGCGUUAAUAAUACUCGCAAAGCACAUCACUAUAUGGUUUUUCUGUUUGUUCACUAAAAGAUAUAAUGGACAGAGAACGUGCACGCUGAUGACUGGUUUAACAAAGUUCUACAGUUAUCCAAAACAAUAUUCGUUCUUGAGAGAUUAUUUCUUCCCUAGCGCAAGCCCAUUUGUAGAGAGUAUUUAUAGUAAAAAGUUUAGAUUAUAUGAAACUUGGGAUGGGGAGGUCAUUGUGAAUUUCAAGUGGAAAGCAUUUGGGAGAGCAUAUUACCUAUUUAUCGGAUCAAUGUUUCUGAUUAUGUUCUUGUGUUUUACUAUUGGCGUUACCAAGACCGAUGAUGAUAUAUCACCUGAUAAUAGAUAUAGACUAUUAUGGGCGUCAAGUGCGUUGGCUAUUUGGCAUUUACUAUUUGAGAUUAGGCAGUUCAUAUGGAGGCCAUGGAAAUAUCUCCUCUCUCCGUGGAACUGGAUAGAUAGUGGAGCAUACGCAUUCGUGCUGUUUACUGCAUCGUUAUGGUUAUACGAUGGUGAAGGUCCGACGUCGGCCACCGCGCUAUCAAUUCUACUACUUUGGCUAAAACUUUUACUCUUCAUCAGACCGUUUGAAUAUUUUGGAAUAUACAUGGCGAUCAUUAUUGGAGUUGCCGAGAAGGUUUUCUCUUUCUUGGUAAUCCUCGGGUUCAUGGUAUUGGGCUUCGCACAUGCAUUCUUUGUGUUGUUACGACCUCAGGCCGGAUCAUCUUUGAGUACGCCACCAAAUCCAGACAAUACCGACGAUAAUAACCCAUGGAGUCUUACGACAAACUACAACGCAGUUGAUGAAAACGGCGCAAUAUCAUCCACUUCAUCGUUAAUACAAACACCAGACGUUAAUACCAAUCCAUAUGCUUGGUUCGAUACAUCCCUUCUUGCCGUUUAUAGAUUCAUGUCUGGUGAUUGGGGCGCCCUCCUAAAUUGGAAUAUGCGGGAAAAUCACGCCCUUGCUAUCAUGUCGGUCAUGUUCUCGUUUUUCACUGUCAUAUAUCUGCUAAAUCUGUUUAUCGGUCUUUUGAGCUCUGCCAUCAACGAGUUUGAUGAGCGCAGCUCAUACUUAUCUCAAAAGGCCGAGGUUUUGGCUGAAAUCGAGCUAUUUUAUCUGCUUCCUCACCAACGACGCAAAAAGUCAUGGUUUCCCGACAUCUUAUACUACAAAGCCAAUGCGUCGUCUUUGAGAAAAGUAAUCAAGGACAAGAUAAAUGAUAAUCCGAAAUAUUUAAACACCAUACCGAGACAUAUAGCUCGUAUAGCUGAAAGUCUGGAGUUUGAGCUGCCGGAAAUCGAAGAGAUGCAACACAUUUCUAUGCAUAAAUAUCUAAGGUACUAUGGCCUAAACGGCAUGAUCAAGUCGCCGGGCAUGAAAGAUAGUUGCGAAUUUUUCGCAUCACCUCAACCCUCUCCUCGUGUUGACGCAUUUAAAAAGGCAGAACAAGAAGCAUGGUUUCAUUACAGCGAUAUAUGCCAAUGUGCAGAACGCCCUCCCAGGGAUAAUCUGCCAAUGUGUCCUUUUUGA